UCUCAUGCAUUGUAUUGUACGUACCAGGAAAUAGGAAUCUCUCCUAGUAUAAGCUAGCAUUUCGAUCAUGGCAAAGUCGCUUCAUAUUUUCUGCACGCUAUCUCUGGGGCUGUUACUGGCCAUCCUAAGAGCAUCAGAGGCACAAAUGGGAGUGUGCAAUGGAAUGCUCGGGAACAACCUACCAUCCCAGCAAGAAGUCAUUGCCCUCUACAAACAGUACAAUAUCCGAAGGAUGAGACUCUACGACCCCAACCAAGCAGCCCUCCAAGCCCUCCGAGGGACCAACAUCGAGGUCAUGCUCGGUGUCGCCGACUCAGAUCUCCAGAGGCUCGCUAGCAGCCAGUCCAAUGCCAACACGUGGGUCCAGAACAAUGUCCUGAACUACCGUGACGUAAAAUUCAGGUACAUUGCAGUCGGGAAUGAGGUGGUAGCCACCAACUAUUUGGCCCAGUUCCUCGUGCCGGCAAUGCAGAAUGUCCAAAACGCGAUUGUCAAUGCAGGCUUGAGGGGCAAGAUCAAGGUCUCCACAUCUAUCACCUUCGCCAUGAUGGGAGCGUCCUACCCUCCUUCAAUGGGCUCGUUCAAAGGGGAGGAAGGGCCGGUCAUUGACCCGAUAAUCCGCUUCUUGCUCAAAAACCAGGCACCUUUGUUAGUCAACAUCUAUCCUUACUUCGCCUACAAGGACAACGCAGGGGUAUUAAGUCUCGACUACGCCCUAUUCAGAGCAAACUCCACCGUGGUUUACGAUGGUUCCCUCAGGUACCAGAACCUUUUCGAUGCAAUGCUGGAUGCAGUCUAUUCUGCGCUCGAGAGGAAGAAUGCAGGGUCCCUGAGCGUGGUAGUGUCCGAGAGCGGCUGGCCUUCCAGUGGAGAUGUCGGAGCCUCGAUGGAUAACGCGAGGACCUACAACACGAACCUGGUCCAGCACGUGAAGGGCGGGACACCGAAGAGGGGCGGGCCCAUCGAGACCUACAUUUUCGCAAUGUUCAAUGAAAACCAGAAGAGCCCGGAGCUCGAGAAGUACUGGGGUCUUUUCCUCCCAAACAAGCAGCCCAAAUACCCAAUCAAUCUUAACUAGUUAAGGGAGUGGCAUCAAGUAGUUUUGAGUGUAUUCUCUAAGUUAUGAUUAUACGAAAAUAAGGGCAUCAAAAGCCCGUGUUUCCUCUGCCUUGGAGGAAAUAAAUGUAAUACCCUUAACUAGUAAUGAAAUUCAUGCAUUGCACGAAAUAAAACGUAAAAUUAUAUGUGA